CUCGUACCUCGUACCUCGUACAUUCAUGAUUCACGCCGAUUUCAAGCAUGCUACAUUGAUUAUGAAUGCAUGUAUAGCGUAUUCUGCAGAUAAACACAUAUCUUUCUUAAAAGUUAAAAUUAUCGGAAUCUAACAGUUGUAAAAUUAAAUACAUGCGUGUUGAGCUCUAAUAAUGGAAUCUCUACAAGAAAUUUCUCAAUAUUUAUGUCUUGAUGCACGAUUGGAUUUGAAAGCUAUUGCAUUGAAAUACAUACUCGGUGUCACAGCAACUGCCGAUGGUCGAGAACUCCUGUUGAAGCUACCAGAAAUAUUGAAACAGCUUGCUAUUCUUCUGCAAGAUUCUUCCACUCCUAUCAGAAAGGAUGCUGCAUUGACAUUGGUAAAUAUUACCGGAGAUGAAUCAGGAACCAAUGCGAUGCUGAUUAUUUCAGAGUCAAAUUCAAUAAAGGAACAAAAAUAUAGCCUUAAUUUAAUAGAAAUUUGUAUAAGGUAAAUGUAAUUAUAUAGUUGCUGUUUAUUAU